AGCUUGUCAUACCUGCUGAGGGUACGCGCCAAAGACAAAACAGAAAGGUGCAACAAACAAGCAAAGCCGACACCCUUUAUUCUCGACAGAUGCGCUGGCCAUGGAAGCAAGGCAAGGGUAUCCCUGCAGACAGCGACUCAGAUGAUAUGCCACGCACCACUGCGCGAACAGUGCAAGCACUUCCUACAUCCAGCAAAGUGCGCGCGCCUUCAAACAAGCUGACGGGACAUCAAGCGUUCUACUUGUUUGUCAUGCAUGGACUGGGCGCAUUGAUCAUUUCCGGCGGCAUCAACUUUGCCAUUGCUUACGGCAUGUACGCAAACCAGAAUCUGGUCAAGAAUCCAAUCAGACUGUGGCGGUUCCCUAAUACACUCUCUGGCGAUGCAGCCGUCACCAUUUUCAUCCAAACAGUCAUCACCUGGACCAUUGAAGGCAUCAGUGCCAACGGUGACCUGAGAAACGGCAAAGUCCAGGCCAUCGGCUUCAUCAAAGAGCCACGCAACCGAUUUCUACGCUGGUACUUCUUCCUCGAUGCAGAACAACCCGCACAGGGCAGUAAACGCUCAGCAAAGCAAUGGAUUGUGUUUCUUGUUAUGCAGCUUGUUCGUGCACUCCUCUAUGCCAUCCUGUUGUUCUUCAUUUUCUGGCCCAUCACGGUCGCUGCUCUCACGGCACCAGGCAUCUCCGACUAUGAUGGCAAUGGAGAGUACAGCUAUGGUAGACGCUGGACGCCACAAGUGUUCAAGUUGUUGCUGGGUGGCUUACUAGGUCUUUUCACGACACCGCCCAUGACUGCACUAUGGCUCUUAACUGUGGGCUGGCGACUGAGACGUGCUCAAGCACUACCAACAGCGAUACAGCCUGGGGUGGGUCAGUCGGUGCCUGUCAUGACGCAGACGGGACAUGUAGCACCGACAGGCUCUGCUACUGCGCCAGGAGAGAUGGCAGUGGGCGGCGGUCCCAUUGCACCGCCCAUCUCAUCAAUUUAGAUGGAUGGAUUCUGGUAUUGUAUAGAGUUUUCUCUUUCGUUGCAAUUGAGCGACCUUUUUCUUACGUGUAGUAAACUAAUAAGCAUUCAACCUGAUUUCUUUGUUGCAAGUUGCCCAUGUCAGCCUUCAUAUUCGUGGCGUGGACGCGGACUGGCGGUGGUCCACAACCAAAGCUGGCUGUAUCGAGCUGUGUCCUUUGAACGUUUCUCCUUUAUCCAUUGUCAUUGUAGCAUGUGCUUGACAUUCAAUGGAGAGUGAAGUAAGUAGUCACUGCAGCAGCAGCUGACGAAGACCUGGUGUCAUCUGAAUCUUUUCGCACAGGGGAAUCAACCUCAGGUUGGACGUUGUUCUACGGACAUGUUACAGAGGCUACAUCUGCAAGGCAUGCUUGCUUGGUGAAUCUAACAGCUUCUCUGGCUAUGACGGACGAGACACCUUCCAAA